UGGCAUUGUUAUUUCGUAAAUGAAAAUCAAUUUGUUUUCUUGAUCAGCUUUGAGUGAUUGCUUAAUUUAGGUAGGCCGCUAUCAUGAGAUUGUUUGGCCCAUCCUGUUAUGUAUCAACUGAAAACAGCAAGGAUCUUGCUAACGCGUCCUGUUUUGGGGGGGAAUAGAAAUAAUGGCAACAUGGAGUAGUGCAAAAUUUUUCUUUUUAUGAUAGAUAGGUCUAUAAUUUUCGUUUGUAUAUUCUGCCAUGUUGGGACUUAUUUCCUUGAGCUCGAGUGGGCACAUCAGGACCACAUUUCACAUGUGAGGCAUGGGUCAGCAUUUGUUUCAGUUGAUACUUUAUUCUGUGCAUACAUUGUGCUUGGGUCUUUCUGUUUUUUUUAAUACAUUAUGACUUUCUGUUAUUCAGGUACAUUAAGAUUGGCUUAUACCAAUUACUACCUUUUAACAAUUUGUAAUACAAAACUUGUUUCUUGGUAGAAAAGCAACCCCCACUCUCAAGCAACUUCUUUGUUUCGUCAGUCAUCUAGCUGUACAAAUCAAUAAUGCCAAUUAUAUAGGAUGAAAAAGUAAUGCAAGUUGAAAUUGGUUGGUAAAUUAAGAGUCUAAAAGUCAAUGGCCCGUCAACUAAAAUUAAAUGUUAAUAUGAAUGAUGAUCACGUACUCCACUUAGUUAUUUGUUUUAUAACCAAAAUCUUGGUCAAUUAGAACUCCUAGGAAGGAAGAAACCGAAGAUGAAGUUUCAUAAGGAGUAUCUUGAUUUGAUUUUGGUCCCUUUUGGGUUGCUAAUCAUGUUUGCUUAUCACCUCUUUUUGCUUCACAGAUACAUCCAUCGACCUCACACCACAGUCAUGGGAUUUGAAAACAAUGACAAAAGAGCAUGGGUUGACAGAAUUAUGCAGGCUGAAAAUAGGGAUGUUAGCACAGCUCUCUCUGUCAUUCAAUCCAACACAUCAGCGGCAACAUUCUUGGCCUCAGUUUCUUUGACUCUUUCUUCUCUAAUUGGAGCUUGGAUUGCAAAUAACUCCAAUAUUUUCUUCCAGAGUCAAUUAAUCUAUGGCGACACAAAAGCAACCACAAUUUCCAUCAAGUACAUUUGCUUACUAACGUGCUUUCUCCUUGCUUUCUCAUGCUUUAUUCAAUCAACAAGACACUUUGUUCAUGCAAACUAUUUGAUAAGCAUACCAGAUAGUUUUGUUCCAAUUAGUAGUGUUGAAUUAGCAGUCAUAAGAGGUGGUGAUUUUUGGUCACUCGGUCUUCGAGCUCUCUAUUUCGCACUAAACUUGCUUCUCUGGUUUUUCGGUCCAAUACCUAUGAUUAUUUGCUCAUUGGUUAUGGUUAUGGUUCUUCAUUAUCUUGACUCCAACUCAAGGCCACUGCAUCUGCAUCCUAAUAGGUCUCAGGGUGGCAGGUUUCAGAUUGCAAAGAUCAAGAAAUCAUCAAUGUUUGAUAAUGAAGCGCAAAUUCGGUGAUAUUGAUGUAUGAAAAGCAAUGUAUCUUAUUCUUCUCCAUGAUUAUAUGAUUACAUCAGAAUUUUCUCAAGAAAGCAAUAAAAAUGAAAAAUAAGAGUAGAGGGUUGAAUAAGAUGGAA